AUGACUGACUAUUACGAACCUACUUUAAUAUUUAGACAAAAUGCUAUACGGAGAUUUAAUCCCCAAUUAUCACCAAUUUCAAGUGUUGAUAGUCUUUUAACAAAUGAUGAUUAUUCAAUGAAUAAUAAUGAUAAUAAUCAAAAUAAUUCAAUAUAUUCACAAUCAUCCAUAAAUUCACCUUAUAUGAAUAGUAAAAAUAAAUUCAGUACUUCAUCAUGGUUACUCAAUAAUAAUAAUCCUCAAGAUACUGAAAUAUUAAAUAAAUCAUGUUCAUUAAAUCGUACAAAGAUUAAAUCAAAUUAUUGGAAAAUUCCAGAUAAUGAUAUGAAUUUAACUUCAAUAUGUAUUAAAAACCAACAACAAAAUAAUCCACUAAUUGCAAUAUCAUCAGGUAAUCAAGAAAAUAAUUUAUUUAUUUAUGAAAUGAAUCUAAAUUCAAAUCAUUUAAUACAUCAUUCAACUAUUAGUUUAUCAAAUAUACAUAGUAUGAAAUGGAUAAAUAACAAUGAGAAUCAUUUGAUUACUGGUAAUAAUAAAGGGUAUGCUCAUCUAGUUUCAAUACCUGAUAUUAAUUUAGGUGGUGAAGAUGAUACCGAAUUAUAUUCAGCAGAAAUAUGUAAAAGAUUCAAUCACAGAAAACAUAUUAAAGAUAAAUCUACAAUAAUUCACAACUCACCAAUUAAAAAAUUAAAUUUAUUUAAUAAUGAUAAAGAAAUGAUUUCAAUAUAUGAUAAUUUUUUAUUUCAUUGGGAUAUUAAAAAUUCAGAAUCUCAAUUAAGACCACAACCAAUUUCAAUAUCAACAAUUCAAGGUAUUUUAAAUUUUGAUACUUUAAAUCAUAAUAAUACAACAAUAAGUGUAUGUGGUAAAUUUGGUAUAUCAUUAUAUGAUACAAGAUUUUCAAAAUUAAAUAUUCCAAUGUCUUCAUCUACAACUACAAAUUUCAGACAAUUAUCAGCUAAUUUAGUGAAAUGGAAUCCCGAUAAUGAUAAUAUAUUAGCCGUAGGUCAUGGUGAUGGAGUAGUUAGAUUAUGGGACAUUAGAAAACAAGAUUAUUUUGCAACUAUAAAUAGUGAUUCUGUUGGAAAUGGAUCAUCAAUAACAAGUAUAGAAUGGAAUCAAGGAGAUUUAUUUACUGGUGGACAAGAUGGUAAUAUAAUACAUUGGGAUUUAACAUCAGAUAUUAAUUUGAAUGAAACAAACCAUUUAAAUUGUGGACUAAGUGAAGGUUUUAAUAGUAUUAAAUUAAAUAAAUUUAAAAAACUAGAAGUUGAUGUUAAUCAAAGACAAUGUGGAACAAUAUUACCUGCUUCAAAUACUAAUAUUGUUGAUAUGUGUUCAAUAACUAAUGAAAUAGAUAAUAGUACUAAGAUUUUAUCAAUUGAUGGAUCAUCAUUUUUAGGUGUUCAUUCAAAAUUUAAAAAUAAUAUUAAUUUACAUAUAAAUUCAAAUAAAUUAUAUUAUACUGAAGAUGAAUUACAAGAAUUAUUAAAUUUUUCAAAAAAUUAUAGUAAAGAAAGUAUUGAUGUUAAUACUUCAUCUCAAGAAAGUUUAAUUGAACCAUUAAUGAUAUCAAGAAAACCAACAUGUAUAACAAUAAAAAGUACAGAUUCAAAUUUGGAAUCAAUUUCAUUAAAUAGUAAUCCUGAAUUAUUAGAAUCAUCAUCAUCGGAAUCAGAAAUUGAAUCAAUAUUAGAACCUAAAAAAGAAUCAAAUAUAAAAACACCAAUACCAAGAUCUCCUAAAUUUUCAUUGAAACAAGAAAUUCAAAACAUUAAUAAUUUAGCUUUGUUACAAAAAGAUGAUGAAGAAUUUAAUUUCAAUUUCCAUAAUAAUAUUUCAGAAUCAGAUAUUUCUUCAUCAUCACAAAGUGAUCAAGAAUUCUCACCAAUAAGAAAUAAUCAAAAUAACAAUAGUAAUAAUUCAAUCUUUUUAUCUAAAAAGAAUCAUUCAUCUAAUUCUAUAUCUACUAUAGCUACUGAUAUAGAUGAAAUAAUAGCUCAUGAUAUAAAUAAUAAUAAAGUUUUUGAGGAUGGUCAUAAAUUGAUUAAGACUUUUUCGGGAAAUAAUUUAAAUGAGUAUAAGUAUAGUGAUGUUUUCAAAUCUUUAGAUGAUUUAAAUUUAAGUUAUUAG